AUGAGUAAAAUUAAAGUGUUGAGUGUCACAGGCAAUCCUGACUUAAUACAUUUCAGAACUCUUCAGAAGACUGAAAGAAAAAAGACAUAUGAGAUUUAAGAAAUGCAUGAGGUAUAGACUUUUUUCAAUAUACUAUCAGUCAGAAUAUGAUCAUGAAAUGAAAAUUCUCAAAAGAGAUGCCUCCCUAAGAAUCUAACUAAAAAGAUUGCAACCACUAUCAAACCAAGAGCCCUUUACAAUUGAUGAUUCAUUUACUUCCAAAACUGUUAAAAGGUGGACAUAAUUUAUAGUAAUUUAGGCCAUUGUUGUUAAUUCAAAAUGGUACUCCAAUGGUGCAUUCCAAUAGACGUACCAAAUUUACUCAAAGUUUAAUUAACUAAGCAUAUGAAUCCUAGUUAUCUUUUUUUAAUUCAAGAAAGAACAGUAUAUACUACGAUAUUUAUAUAGCUUAUGUAUAAAUGAUCCUAUCAAUUGACGAAUAACUCUAUCCAAUAAUAAUUGAAUUGUAUACAGAAUAUGCCCCCAAAGCAUGCGAAAAUUUUGUAAAGUUUUGCGAAGGAGUCACAAUAGAUGGAGAUUAUUAUACAUAUAAAAAUACUAAAUUUCAGAAAUUUAAACCAAAUGGUAUGUACAUUUUAAACUUUAGGAUUCUUAUAAGGUGGAUAAUUUGCAAAGAAAGUGUCUAUAUAUGGAGAUUACUUUGAAGAUGAAUCCUACGCGCUAUAACAUGAUUGUGAAGGUAUCAUAGGAUAAGUAAACGAUGGAUUUCAACAUACAAAUCAUUCCUAGUUUUACGUUACACUAUCCCCAAUGAGCUACUUUAACUUUAAAAGAGUUGCAUUUGGGAAGGUCAUAAGAGGAAUGAAACAGUUUUCAAAAAUUUUAAAAAAAGAUUAAAUAUCUCCCAACAUCAUUAUUCAGGAAUGUGGACGUUAUGACUAAUAAGCGUAAAUACGAAUGAAGUUAGAGAAAUUCUCUGAAGAUUUUGCAAGUGUGUUACCUUAAAAUGCUGAAUCAUUCAAUAAGUUUAUUGAUGCUGAACAGGAGAAACACAGUGAAGCCCAAGGAGAUUUUACUAAAUUAAUAAAGUUUUUAGUUGAAUAAAUGAAAUAGAUUUCGAAAUUUGCAUAUUCGUUAACUGCAAUAAAGAAAGCUAUAUAAUAAUUGAACGAGUAAUUUCAAAAGAAUCAAUUAUGUUUGAUGUUAUACAUCUUAGACAAUCAAUAAGUCCUAUUCGCUGAUAAUUAAUAGGGAAAAUAUCUAGUAGUAUUUAGGGCAAUAGAGGGUACUGAUUCAUGUAGAGCAUCGGCAUUUAUUGUAUUUAAAAAAUAAACAACGAUGUUCAAGAAUGUGAAUUUAAAUGAUCUGAAAUAGAGUGGAGAAUAAGUGGUGGGAAUAUGUUAUUGUGUCUAUGGAACAACAACUCAAUUGGUCUUUGGAACUGGUUAUAAUUUGAGUAUGUUCACACUUUAGAAUAAUGAAUUCAAAUUAUAAUAAAAAGAGUAUGUAGAUGAUUUGAUAAUGAUAGACUAUAAAUCCCCAAAACUGAAACAUUUUAUUGUUCAGAUAUCAAGGAUGAUUUUAUAUAAUAGAAAAUCAUUUCUAGUUUACCCACUAAUAACAUGAGGUACACAAAUAGUAUCUUUACAACCUUACAUCGUGUAGUAAGACUUGGAGGUCUGGCUAUGUAUAAGGAUGUGACAAUUUUCGAGGCAAUGAUUUGUGCAUUCACUUUAGCAAGAUCAUGGGGCUGGUCAUUUUGUGCAGGAACAAGUACAUAAUCUAUUGCUAAUUAGCUACAUUCAAUUAAAUAAAGGUCAAAAAUGUUAACCAAUUAACUUAUCUUUAUUUAGGUUAAUAGAAAUGGGUCUAGAGAAUAGAGAAUCAUUUUUUAUCGAUAGUAUGAG